UAAUUUACGAAUACAAGGUGCAGCUGGAGAAGACCCUGUCCAACGAGGAAAGUGCAAACGCCGCAGCCAAGGAAGAGCUUCAGAAAAAAGCUUCACGCGAGCGCUCACUGCGGGACAAAGAUAGUCUUGAAGCGACUCAGCGUUUCAACGCUUUACAACAGAACUAUAAGCUGCUUCAGACCGAGCAUCAGGAUCUUAAAGAUGACUGCAAAAAAAAAGAAGAAGUGGCCUUGGAGAAUUCAAAAAAGCUUGAAGCCACGCUGCUCGAGUUGAGGCAGCAGCAAAAAAAGAUAUCUCAAGAGAGCGAAAAGUCAAAACAAAAUCUGGAAAACAAAUACCUCGAGGUAAUGCAGGAGAAGGACCAAAUGGAGGAAAAGUACAACGAGCUGAAAAAGUCUACUGGCGAGAACAGUGGUUAUACGGAUCACCUACAAAAAAAAAUCAUCCAGCUUCAACGGGAAUUGGAGAAAGCACAUCAG